ACUCUCCCACCCCCCACAACAAAAAAAAAAAAUGAAUCUCCCAAUAACACCCAACAAAUCAAACACAAGCACCAUCGGAGGAUGCGGCAACUGCAGUUCGAAAGAAACGUUUCUCCUCCACCACGUAAGAGUGCGUGGGGUCCACCGACGGCUCUGCACAUCCUGCGUACUCCGGGCCCACCCGUCCUCCUUCUGUCCAUGUUGCUUCACAUUCUACGACACGUCGCCACCUCCUCCCUCAAAACGCAUCUCAUGUUCUAACUGCACCUCCUUCACCCAUUCCCACUGCGCCACCUCAUCUCCGCCUUUUCCUUUCCUUUGCCCGCCUUGUGCAGACGCUAAUUUCAACUUCUUCAAUUUUGAGAAUAUCAAUAAAAAAACGAUUGACAAAGACAUGGCUACGGUUCUUCUUUGUGCAGCCAAAAUAGCGGCUAAUUCAAUGGCGAAAGCAGUUAAUGUCGCGAGAACGGAAGCUGAGAGGAGAGUUAGAGAAGCUGCUGUUUGUAGGAAGAGAGCUAGAGAGGCUUUGGAGCAUGUCUUGUUUCUUGCUAAAAGAAAAGAUGCUGAUUCUGUCCAGGUUUCUGCUUCUGCUCAUUUGGGUAAAAGAGUUAUUAAUAAUAUUACAAUUGGGUCUCCUCAAAAUGCGAACAGCGCCAAGACUAAUGGUAAUGGUAAUCAUGCAUCUAAUGCAUCUAACGCGGAGAAGAUUAAAGAAAAUUCUUGAUCAUUGUUUUCCGGCCUUCCAAUUUUCAUAGCUAAAAUUAUUCAUUAGAGUAUAAGGGAGGAAGCUUCGCUCAUAUGUUUCCUCACCCAAAACAAGUCCUGAGUUUUCUCUCAGUAUGAGAUGCCUGUUCUUGUGUACAAUUUCAUGAUUAGGGUAUUUAUUCUUGUAUUUUGAAAUUGAGUUUUGAGCUAGCAAAGUUUAGUUUGUUAUUGCUUCCAUUCCUUCUAUAAGAGUGUUCAUUCUUAUUAUUGCAA